AUGGCGCCCGACUCCCCUCGAGCCCCUACGCGCAAACGAGGGCGGCCUCGGAAGUAUGCAUCCGCCGAGCAAAGACAAGAGGCUAAGAUCAUAGCACAGCGAAACCAGCGACAAUCUGGUCGUGCUGUGGAGCGUGCGAUAGAAUUCGACCGGUAUUAUCCCACUACAAUACCAGCAUCCGUUUAUGUCGAUGAAGCUUUGCCAACCUACUUUCCCCCCGGCGAACUAACGAUUCCUACGGACAUUGAGCAGCUCCUACCGCCCCUCAGCCUAGGACUUAGACCACUAGACUUAUCUACAGAUAACAACCCGCCUACAAGCGAUGAGUGGCCGUUAGCUCCGCCCACUGACCUAACUGAUGAGCCAUUUCGGGCGAUAUCUCCGGAAACCCAACCAACAUGGCCUGAUCAGCGUAGCCCCAGGUUAGAAACCACAGAGACUUCGUUGCAGGUGGAUCCGCCUCUACAACGUUUGGCAUCUGCACAACCGGAAACACUAGAACCUAACGUGGCCAAUGUCAUGUGCGACUUCGCCCGACUACUUGCUGAUCAGCUCCAGCAACACCAUGGUUGCUGCUACCAGUGCCAUACGCAGCAGGAGAGUGAGCACGAACUCAAGCACGCCGAGCAUAUCAGCUUAGGAGAAUAUAUAGACCAGGUUCAGGUCGACGGGGGCUUUCCGGAUGUUCUCAGCGAUACGACCAUUGCCAGACGCGAGGACAACCUAGCAGGACAGACUAGUGCAGAACGAAAGCGUGAGAUUUAUACCGGGAUUAGUUCAGUCACGCCUGACGCUCCUCCCGCCCAUAUUUGCCUCGCUGUGGAUCAUCAAAGAGAACGCCCGACCGGGGUCACCUUUACCAGUAGCAGAAAACGGAAGUCGACCAACAACCACAUAGCCCUUUUUUAA